ACAGUAACUUUUUGUCGCUUGGUUCCGUGUGCGCCCCCUUAAAUGUCGCUUGGUAUCGCCAUGGACGCGGGGUGCGUCACCCAGUGACGUCGACAAACGGGCGCAUGCAAAACAGUUACGCGUUGCGGUACGAGUGUUGUGUGUGUGUAUGGCUCUCUUUGUGUUUGUGUGUAGUGGCGGAGUUGCAUUGAAAAACGCUUUCCAAGAGUCAACACAAUAGCCGAAAAAAAACAACGGCUAAGAACUAUAGGCCUUGACCUGAAGCAAGGCAAGCGGAAGGAAGCAGCCGCAUCAUGAGGCACUACCAAUUAACAGUGGAACCAACAAAAGAGUGAAAGCCAACAAAGUACGGCGGAAAGGGAACCAGAGAGGUGCUACUCGUUACUGCUCUGUGCUGCGGUGUGGCCUACUUUGACGCACCUGCCCUGGAGCCCUGGAGCAUGGGUUCAUGUCUUGGCAGCUGCGUCACAGCCGCCGCUGCCACCACCAGCUCCAGCACAUCCACAGCAUCGUCUUCCUCCUCCACGGCCUCGUCGUCCUCGUGUGCGACGGCUGCGGCAGCUGCCAACAGCUGGCUUUGGCGUCGCCGCAGGCCCAGGGCUAGGGUCGCCACCGACCAGGAGGCCGAGCAGGAGCCUGAAACAGAGCUCAUAUCGAGUGGAGGGGGAAGCCAGCAGCGACGCGGCCUUGUCUAUCGAAUUCUGAAGUUCAAGAGGAAGCAGCAGUGCCCCCAGUUCCUGGAAAAAUACUGGGAGCAACAGCCGAGCUAUGCGAAGCUACAGAAUGACAGUGCGAUAUCCGAUAUACAGCUGCAGAAUCUGGACGUUUUCAAGCUACUCAACGCGCAGGCAACGCCCAGCAAGGAGACCGAGAUGCUUGGUAGCUAUCAGCGGAUGGCCAGCUCAAGGGCCAGCUCCUCGCUAGAUCUGGAGUGGGAGCACGAGUACUCGCAGCUGCGGAACUAUCAGCAGGAGCAGAAGGAGCAAAAGGAGCAGCCUGCGGCAGAGAACACCCCACCUAUGGCAGCAAAGCAGCCGCGUUACGCUUCCCUGGACCAACUUGCGACGGCUGCCUCGAUGGCUGCAGCCAGCCAUGGGCGCUAUGGCGCAGCUGCUCGAAAUCCCCGUUUGGGGAGCCAUCAUCGGCAUGGCGGCUCCUUCACGCGCACCUCCUGCUGUUCCUCCACACAGAACUCGUGGUCGCACAUCUCCACGCCGGAGUCCCUCGAGUGGGACGUCGACGAGGAGCGGGAACAGCAGCUGCAGCUGCGCCAAGAAGACGACAAUCUGGACGAUGAGACGCUCAAAUUGCUGCACCAAAUCGAGCAACUGAAGCAUCAUGUGCUCCAGGAAACGGGAGAUGGCCUGAGCAUGGAAGCUGCUGUGGCCGUUGGGGAGGUAACGGAGGGUCUACAGUUUAGGGCCUCGCAUUUUGGAGGCGGCUCCGAGCUGGAGGCAUCCAUAAGUUGAUUCAGAGAGAGCAGAUGAUGUAUAUAAGGGUAUUCUAAGAGAUGUAAAAAAGGGUGUACAAGACCAGAUAAAGGAGAAUCCUUUAAGAAGUGUAGUAUAUUGUAAUAGAAUAAUUGAUUUAGAGCAGUGAAAACGAUCGUUAACAUUAGAUUCCAUAUAACACAGUACAGUGCACGCUCGUUAAAUUAAAUUUAUGUUUUAAAAAUACUUAGAAGAAGGCAUAUUAUCGGUUAAGGCGAUCCAAAACUAGCACUCGAUACGUUUAGAAAUCGAAUCAUUUAAAGGAGCGCUGAUCCUUUUUUUUAGAUAGAUCAAUCAAAUUCUCUUUAUAAUCGAUUUUAUUUCAAUGCAAAUUUAUGUGACAGUACAGAGAGUUUUAUCGUAACGAUAUUUAAAUUUUUUUUGUACUUAAAUGUCGAUACUUUAUCACAUUAAUUGGCAUUAAAACAAAGGGUCUGAAGGAUGAAAUAUUUAAAGAUUAUUUUCCCAAAAAUAUGCCCUUUUUCUAGACUUUAUCGAGCGUGUACUGUGUCUGCUGAUCCCACAGCAAUUAAGUGCCUAGCCUAAGCAGAUCGAAUGGAAAUAAACUCCCUCAAGAAACCAAAACCAAAACCAGCCCCAAACAUGAGCAUUAAAGCUCUCUUCAAGCAUAUCGCAACCGCAAAAUUAGCAGCACAGAGAACACUCAAUUUUCCUAUAUAGACCAUAGAGUAAUACGUUUAUAUUCUCGCUUUUAAAACUGUUAUAUUUUGCAGAGAGAAACCAACAGUAAGCCUAUUAUAUUUUUAAAGUUUAUUAAUGAAAACGAACAAAAUACAAAAAUUACCUCCUUAUAGAGAGAGGGAGUAUAGAGAGUUAUGGAAGAAAGACAGUUAUGGGAGCAACAGAUAGUAUGUUUAGUAAUAAUGUUUUUUGUGUGGCGGUACAAGUGUGACCUUUCAAAAUCUCAUUUAUUUAUUUAUAAACUAAAUAUU